UUGUAGCAUCCAAAUGGAGGAAACCAGACGGCCAUCCCCGGCACGGUCCAGGAUCAACAUGUUCUCCCUGUCCAAUUCAAAGAAAGUGGACAAUACCGAAACCCAGCGUCUGACCCAACUCCCGCGCCAGGCCGCUGUCAACCUGGAGUUCGUCGAUCUGUCUUACACCGUCCGGGAGGGGCACUGUUGUAGGAAGGGAGGUUACAAAACUCUCCUGAGUAGUCUCUGCGGACAAUUUAACAGUAAAGAUCUUAUCGGCAUCAUGGGACCCUCUGGAGCUGGAAAGUCCACCAUGAUGAAUGUCCUAGCAGGAUACAGGGAGACUGGCAUGAAAGGCAAAAUCUUGGUGAACGGUCGCCCGAGGGACUUGGCCAAAUUCCAGAAGAUGUCAUGCUACAUCAUGCAAAAUGACGUACUGAUGCCUCAUCUCUCGAUAAAGGAGGCCAUGAUGGUGGCUGCCAAUCUUAAACUCAAUGAACCCAUGCACGUCAAAAAGAAGAUUGUGACCGAGGUACUGACUGCUUUGGGUCUUGUAGCCUGCUCUAAAACUCGAACCGACAAUCUCUCGGGGGGCCAGUCUAAAAGACUGGCCAUUGCUCUCGAGCUGGUCAACAAUCCUCCCGUCAUGUUCUUUGAUGAACCCAUCAGCGGUUUGGACAGUGCGACAUCGAUCCAGGUUAUCUCCCUCCUGAAGUGUCUGGCUAAUGGAGGACGGACAAUCAUCUGCACCAUUCAUCAACCCAGUGGCAACCUCUUUCAGAUGUUUGACAUGCUGUUCAUCCUGAGUCAAGGUCAAUGCAUUUACAGAGGCACAGUCCCCCACCUCAUCCCUCACCUGAACAACCUCAACCUUCAUUGCCCGAGGUACCACAAUCCAGCGGAUUUCAUCAUUGAGGUGGCUACAGGAACACAUGGGGACAUGCAGGCCGUGUUGUUUGAAGCUACUCACGGCAGCCAGUGCUGCGAGGAGAGUAAGAAGAGUGCUGGGGAUGAAACAUGUUCUUCCCCUGCCCAAUCCCAACCCAAAUCUGAACAGGAACCGCUUGAGACACAAUACUUUGCCACCAGUACAAUCAAACAGUUCUGCAUCCUCUUUAAACGAAACCUCACGGCCAUAUGCAGAGAUACGAUGCUGACCCACCUGAGAGUGAUGUCCCACAUCAUACUCGGAGUCCUCAUCGGCCUGCUUUACCUCAACAUCGGAAACGACGCGCUGAGUGCAUUCAACAACACCGGGUUCCUCUUCUUCUCCAUGCUGUUCCUCAUGUUUGCCGCCCUGAUGCCCACCGUUCUCACCUUUCCUCUGGAAAUGGCUGUGUUCAUAAGGGAACAUAUGAACUCCUGGUACAGCCUCCAUGCCUACUACAUGGCUAAAACAUGCGCGGACAUACCAUUCCAGAUGAUCUGUCCAAUCCUGUACUGUAGCAUAGCAUACUGGAUGACUAGCCAACCUCCAGAAGCUCUUCGCUUUGUGCUCUUCCUCUGCUUGUCUACGUCCAUUGCCCUGGUCGCACAGUCCCUGGGGCUGCUCAUCGGGGCAGCAUCCCCGUCACCGCAGGUCGCCACCUUCGUUGGACCCAUCACAGCCAUCCCGAUAGUCCUCUUCUCUGGCUUCUUUGUGAAUUUCCGAACUAUUCCUGAUUACCUGCAGUGGACCUCUUAUGUCUCCUAUGUCAGGUACGGCUUUGAGGGAGUGGUCCUCUCCAUCUACGGGAUGAACCGCUCGUAUCUGGAGUGUCCAGAGAAGACACAGUGCACAUUCCAGGACCCUGCAAAAGUCCUGCACUUGCUGGAUGUGGAGGAUGCAAAGCUCUACGUGGAUUUCAUUGUCUUGGGGAUUUUCUUCAUGGUCAUCAGGGUUGUUACUUAUCUGGUACUGCGCUACAAAGUGAGGGCCUGCCGUUGAGUUUAAGUGUUACAUGUUAAUACAGUUCACUGGUUGAACCUUGAAUUCGAGUUGCAGUUCCCGUUGAGAUCUGUUUUAUUGGGAAUAAUUACUGUUUUGUACUAUUUUGUUUUUUGGGGGAUUGUAUUACAAGGAUAUUCAAAUAUUAAUCAUUUGAAAAUGAUCAAACUUAGUCGAGUCUUUUGAAGAUUUUCCACAAUCUUGUCUCAGGUCAGCAUGGUAAUGAGCUCAUUGCCAAGCUAAGUGAGCAUUAGCAAGUUAUCAUUAGCAUGGUAAAUGUCAUCAAAAUGGCCGCAGCACAAGUAAUGUCAAUUUGGCUUUUCAUAGUAAUUGUAACUGGAGUUGGUAUGUUAGCAUUACCGUGUUAGCACUAGUUAGUCAGUUGCCAAGCUCAGACUAAAAUGCAACUAAAUGUGGGACGAUUUUGAACACUCAUA